AGGAGGGGGCGCCUGUAUGGGAUUGGUCAAACCAGUCACAAGAUGUUGUGAGGGGAAAAAAAACGAAAAAACACUGAAAGCGUCCCUACCAUUCAGAACAGCCGCUGCAGCUCCGGGGGAAAUUUUUAACUCCACAACAAUGAGUGAAUCACUGGUAGUGUGUGAAGUGGAUGAAGAUCUGGUUAAAAAGCUGAGGGAGUUUCGUUUCCGGAAGGAGACCAACAAUGCAGCGAUCAUCAUGAAGAUUGAUAAAGACAAGCAGCUGGUUAUUCUGGAGGAAGAGCAUAAGGAUAUUUCUCCUGAUGAUCUAAAGGACGAACUGCCAGAGAGACAGCCGAGAUUUAUCGUCUACAGUUAUAAGUACGAACAUGAUGACGGCCGCGUGUCUUAUCCCCUCUGCUUCAUCUUCUCCAGCCCCGUGGGUUGCAGACCAGAGCAGCAGAUGAUGUACGCAGGAAGCAAAAACAAGCUGGUGCAGACUGUCGAACUGACCAAGGUGUUUGAGAUCAGAAACACAGAGGACCUGACAGAGGAAUGGCUUAGAGAGAAACUUGGGUUCUUCCGCUAAACCCAUCACCUCCUCCAGGGGUCUGGGAUACGAGGAGAAUCCCGACUGCACAACUCGUGACAUCUCUUGGAGACAACACACCACAGUUAACCUUUCCCUCCUCCCUGCAUCAGACCUGAUUUAAAUAGUGUUUGCAGUCCUCUGUUUUAGGCCCGCUCGGUGGCGUUUAACACACAUUACAACUCAUAAGAUGCCAGAAGGUGCACACAAUUACAAGAGUUUAAAUGGUUCUCUGUGACUGCCAACAUUUCUGGCACUUACUAAACCUCACCGAUCUGGCAGCCUAAAACUGACCAUACUGUUUGAAGCAGGUCUGUUAUUGUCUCCAUACAAUCUCUCCAUAUUCCUCUUAUGUGUCUGUUUUGAAUUAACGAGGGCUGCCCCCAUUAGUCAA